GCUUCCCAUCCAACUCCUGCGCUGCAUUGCCCCUGACCAUGGCUCUCUGGAAUUGUCAAGCGGGCCAACGUUAGUUUCGCAUAUUAUACUGCUGUGCCUGACCCUGUGCCCCGGGACCUCACGAUAUUUUCGCGAUCCACAGUUACCAGUGCCCCUCCCUCCCUUUUGUCGAACGGUGACCGGCAGCCGUGGUGGUAUCAGCGUCUUUCCUUUGUCGUCAUGUGGGACUCUCUCUCCAACCCACCGGAGGGCCUCAUCGGAGGUUACCAAGGGUCCAGCCUCGUGAUCAAGAUCUUGAUGGCUGUCUUCAGUGCCAUUGCCCUCUACAAUGCAGUCGAACUCGUUAUUCUCAUUUUUCUCACAUUCACUCGCUACAGUGGACUCUACUUUUGGAGCAUGCUUCUGUCCGACGUACUCGGGGUCAUUCCCCACGCGGUUGGUUAUUUGCUGGAAUUUUUCGCGGUGGGCCCAUUGUGGUUUGCGGUCACUCUUUCGACAAUCGGAUUCUACUUUAUGGUGCCUGGUCAAUCCAUUGUGUUAUAUUCUCGUCUUCAUCUGGUGGUACAAAGCCAAACGACCCUUCGACGUGUUCUCGCCAUGAUCAUCAUUGAUGCGAUUAUCCUCCUCAUUCCUACGACUGUCCUUACCUAUAGCACUAUUUACAUUGGCUCCACGGCGAUCAUCAGAGGGUACAAUGUGAUGGAGCGAAUGCAGCUGGCCUGGUUUUGCGCUCAGGAGAUUCUCAUCUCCGGCAUCUACAUCGUUGAAACAAUCAAUUUACUCCGGUUGCGGCCGGAAAAGGAUCCGCAACGACACAAGAGCAUGUACGAGUUGAUUGCGAUCAAUAUGGUCAUUGUCUUGUUGGAUGUGUCCCUCCUCGUGCUGGAGUAUGUGGGACUGUACACCCUCCAGACCACGCUCAAGGCCGCUGUCUACAGCGUCAAACUGAAGCUGGAGUUUGGAGUAUUGCGAAAACUUGUCUCGCUCGUCAACACCCGCCCGUCAGAAUCCAGCUCGACCGAUCAGGAUGACUUCCCGAACUUCGUGGACCCAGAGCAGAUCACGGGCGAUGUCACGCGAGCAGCUCCGCCCAGCGCGCACACGCAGUCGCGAUAUCCCUGGACAGCCCUUUCCAUGGACAGCCUGGCUUUGUCCGAGCGUAGAAGGCCCUUGUCGCAGUCAUCGGAGGCUCCCCGGCCUCCUUAAUGUAUGGCACAGGCCACUAUUGAAGUUGAUCGCCCAAGCGUGAGACAAAAGUACGUUUCGGCGGAGUGGACUUGCAUCCGUCUGUGACCUGUCAUA